CUCAGUGGCUUCUGCUGCUUUUGCUGCUGCUGUUUGAUGCAUUAUUCACAGUGACACGCUGUGCCUGUUUUGAAAUCCCCCUAAAAACUGUGCAGAACCUACACACUCUGCACAAGCAGAUGUCUAAGAAAAAAAGAAAGCACCUCCCAUAUUAAGAGAAGGUGGCUCGAUGACCAGAAACUACAUUUUGCAGAUCCGUGUUGUUGAGAGAACAGUUAGUGAUUUUAUGGUACACUACGUCCGUAGACGUCUGGAUUUCUUGACGUCAAAAGAAGUCUGAGCGCAUCCAGCGCUGCGCACAAGCUCAGCAACCACAUCUCUCCCAGAGGAAAGCAGGACACCGCACAGCUACAGCUCGCCAUUUAGCUUUAGUGUGGCGAAUCCAAUCAGCGUUGUAGGAUGCCUCUUGGAGAGGAUGGAAACGGAUGGAAGAAGAAGACAUCAGACAUCAAAGAACAUUAUGACUUCAAAGAAGUGCUGGGAACGGGGGCUUUCUCCGAGGUGGUUCUCGCAGAGGAGAAGAGGACUCAGAGGCUAGUGGCCAUCAAGUGCAUCCCUAAGAAAGCCCUGGAAGGAAAAGAGAACAACAUUGAAAACGAGAUCGCUGUUCUGCACAGAAUCAAGCACCCAAACAUUGUUUCACUGGAGGACAUCUUUGAGAGUAUGUCUCAUCUAUAUCUUGUCAUGCAACUAGUUUCUGGUGGGGAACUUUUCGACCGGAUUGUGGAGAAAGGGUUCUACACGGAGAGGGAUGCCAGCCAGCUCAUCCACCAGAUCUUGGAUGCUGUAAAAUAUCUCCAUGAUAUGGGAAUCGUCCACAGAGAUUUGAAGCCAGAGAAUUUACUGUACUACAGUAUGGACGAGGACUCCAAGAUCAUGAUCAGUGACUUUGGUCUGUCGAAGAUCGAGGGAGCGGGCAGUGUCAUGUCCACGGCGUGUGGUACUCCUGGUUAUGUGGCCCCCGAAGUCCUCGCUCAGAAACCAUACAGUAAAGCUGUGGAUUGUUGGUCCAUAGGAGUUAUUUCUUACAUUUUACUCUGUGGAUAUCCUCCGUUUUACGACGAAAAUGAUGCCAAGUUAUUUGAGCAGAUUCUGAAAGCAGAGUAUGAAUUCGACUCUCCAUACUGGGAUGACAUCUCAGAUUCAGCCAAAGACUUCAUCUGUCAUAUGAUGGAAAAGGACCCCAUGAAGAGGUAUACUUGUGAGCAGGCUCUCCAACAUCCUUGGAUAUGUGGUGACACAGCUCUGGACAAGAAUAUACAUGAAUCUGUCAGUGCUCAAAUCAAGAAGAACUUUGCCAAAAGUAAAUGGAAGCAAGCAUUCAAUGCCACGGCGGUGGUGCGACACAUGCGGAGGCUGCAGCUGGGCACCAGUCUCGAGGGACCGAGUCAGAUUACUCCCACCAGUCCCUGCCAUGGACAUCUGCUCCCAGAGGAGGAGGUGGAGGAAGAAGAGGAUGAACUGGGGAACGAGGAGGAGGAGAGCUUGUCGCACUACGAGGAUGGUCGUCGUGGAAGUAACGAGGGUAGCACAGAUCGGGACAGCCUGAGAAGCUGCACCUACUGCUGCAGGCCAACCAGUCGCAUCUGAGCAAAGCCUCCUGGUGUCAUGAUGAUUAAGUGUCUUUGGAGCACCCAGAACCCGCCCACCCAGUCUGGCCAGUAAGGCAGAGUAGAUAUUAGUCAAUGUCCACCAGAGCACAUACCCAGACAACAGUACUCCUCUACUUUCUUUUUUUUUUAAAGAACCAAGUAUAUAUAUACAGUAUACUGUAUAUAUAUAUAUAUAUAUAUAAUUAUUUUAUUAUUUUCAAAUAAAUCAUUAUUUCAGUUCUUUAAGAAAAGUAUUUUCCCAAUUACAAAUUGUUUUUUUUUUUGCCACACUUCAAUGUUUUGCUGCAUCAUUAAGCAAAUUAUACUGUCAAAGAUACAAGGGGAAAUACAAGAAGCAGUUCUAAAGUGAUGAUUUCAAUUAUUAAGGGAAACUAACCAAAGCAAGGUUAAUUACAGGGAAAGGUUAAUCUCAGCCUUUGCCUGUAAUUGACCCCAUUGUUGUUCAAUUUUACAGCCACAUACAGGGCUAGUUACUGCCAGACCAUCUGAAUCAGGAAGGAAUGUGACAUAGGUUAAGAGAUCUCAAAGGACUUAAACAACAGAUGAGAAAUAAAAUUACCUAAGUUUAAGUUUGUAAAGGGUCCAAAAGCUUUCAUAAGCUAUAGGACCUACAUUGUACCAUAGUAAGAGUCAUUAUCCUCAAAUAGAAAAAACAACAACCAAAAUUGUCAUCUAGAAAGUCACUUCUGAUGUGUGAAGCACUGCACACCUCACAUGCCUGAGUAAAAUGUCCUCCAUAAGAGAUCUAAAGUGAAUAUCACUGCUGAUUGGACCUAAAUCUGUCAGAAAUCCUGUGAAACAACAGUUAUCAGGCUGUUAAAAUGUUCAAAUGCUACAAUGUGCCCGAAUUCAAAUUCUUCAAAGUAGAGUAAGAUAACAUUCCUCCACUGAGAUAAAAAAGACUCAUUGCAGGUUAACCCAAGAGCUUGGUGGCAGUCUUUGCCAAGGAUUGCUAAAUUUAGCAACCAAAUACUUUUUUCACAAAGGGAGGCAUUGUUUGAAUAGUUUUUACCUUUAAUAAAUGAAAUUACCAUUUGAGAACUGCAUUUUGUAUCAACUCAGGUGAGCUGAAACAAUUUGUUGUGACAACAAACCAAAAACUGAAAAAAAUCUGUAAGGCUGCUUUGAGAAUGCAGAGGUUAUUUCAGUUUGAAAAGGUCUAACUCAGCAACCCAUCCUUAUAAUGAAAUUAUCUUUGUUGUGCAGCCAUAACAGAGCAUGUUUUUUAAUUUUUUUUACCAAUGGUUCAGCAUGUUAGCUUCACAGUGGGUUUCAAUCAAAGAGGAGUUCUAAAAGCUGUGUCCUUUAUCGUAAUUGUUAUCUCAUUAUGUGAAACACCUACCUCUAAUCAUAAUUUCUGUGUCUGCAUCCAUCUGGCCCACACACUCUACAAUACUGGCAGCUUUCCCUGAGAAAUUUGGCCAGGCAGGUUACAGAGAAAAUACCAUUUAAAGGGAACCGGUACUUAAAGAGAGUCCUGCAGGUCUUUCUACUCUUUAUUCUUUAAUGAAAUGCCAGCCGCUAUCCAAGAAGUGACUCUAGUCAAGUAGCUGAACAUUGUUUCUCCCUCAAGUUAUGUUUUAAUGCCUACUGAACAACUCAGUUUGUGUGGAACCUCUGCAAAACAAAAGUCCACUCAGGGAACAUUUUAGAUAAAGUAAACCAUUUCAAUUAAAUUGAAUGCAGUUCUAUUGUAAUGUGAUUUGAUCAGAUUCAUUUUUGAGGUCGGGGGGCCAUAGGAUGUUUCGUCACCUCUGUUAUGCACUUUGAAUGUCAGGCACGCACACUUGUUCAAUGGGUAUGAUGGCACCUGUCAAUCAAUUCAGUGGGUUUGUCGAAAUUUGCCCCGAAGUAAACAGUAAACAUCCCUUACCUGGAGGACAAAGUUUUUGGGUCUACCAUGUGCUGCGGUCUGGCUAGUUUUGAUGAUUGUUUGCUAUUGAACCGAGCACACGGUAAAAAGCUCUGGACAGGAUCCAAACGACCUCUCUUAGAACUACAGGAGGAUUCAAACUCUGCUCAUUCAUUUGUAGCUUACAGAAAAAGCAACAAGCCCCCAAAUUUACCAAAGUAAACUGACCAAUAACAUUUAGGCUUUGGCGUGCGCACCUCCACGGACUCACCCCGACUCGUUAUGUACAAGUAAAUAUAAUGCACUUCAGUUAAAAAAUAGACAGAUUAACUCCAGUUCAUCCCAGCUGAAUAUAGCUCAAGUAAAUACUUACUCUAAUUUAUUUUAGCUUUUUCAACCCCAAAUAUAAUCCAAUUCAGUCCACUGUAACACAGUUCAACCUAAAAAUCCUACUUAUAAAACUAGUCUGGUUUAUCUCAGUUAUCACCCAAAUGACUAAAAUUUACUAAAUAAUUUUAACUGAAUACAAUAUAUUUAAGUCCCAAUAUAAUCCACCAGAUUCACAGUUCAGUCCAUUUUUACAUCUCAUUUUACUCAAACGUUUCCUAACUGAAUGAAAUGCAUUUCAGUCCAGUGAAGCCCAAUUUAAUCUAAUUCUUCAUAGGAUACAGUUUACUUCUAUCAAGUACUGUAUGUAGUGGGCAUUAGUGGCUGGAUAUUCUAUUCAUGAAGAAAUACAAAAUGCCAACCUUAAAAUGUCAUUUUCCCCAACAAAUGCUGUUUUCAUGUGGAUGAGAAAUAAAAACACUGCAAAAAGAAGUUCAGAUCAGAUGGAUAAUAACAUAACAUUUAACAAUUAAUUUAACAGUAAAUGUGUCUUCUGAUCAUGAAAGAGCUGCCUGUCUGAAAGCUGAGCAUUUAUUACUGCAAAAUUACGUUGUUUUUUUUUAUUUUAUUUUGUCCAACUAUCAUUUUUUUCUUUUUUCUCCUGACUAAUUACCACUUUGUGUAAACAAUAUGGAGAUAUCUGAAAGUAGCAAUUAAAACAUGGGGUUUUUGGACUCUAUAUUCUGGCUCAGACUGGGUUAGUAAUGGGUGGUUUUGACCUGAAGUGUCUGCAUGCUUCCUGUCGGGGAAAACCAUUGAAAUGUAUGAAUAUCCAAAAGGAGACAUUUUUGUUUGUUUGUUUUAUGGCUGUUUUGUUAUCAGAGGCUCAAACUGAGAUCCCCACUCUUUAUAUCCAUGAGCUCUUAUGCCAUGUGGAAUACAGAAACAUCAUGCUUAUUUUCACCAUUUUGUUUUCAGCAAAAAAUAAAAUAAACAAUAAAAAAAAUAAAUAAAGUGAUAAAAAUACAGAAAUCCACAGGCUGUCAGUCUCCUGUCCUGGCCCAGACCCGGCUCAUGUUGAGUCGGGAGGAUCUCAGUCUGGGCGCUCUGCCUGCUCUGUGCUGUGCACCUCUAGUGGAAGAAGUUUUGGUCUACUGUUUGCAUGACCUGGUUUAAUAUGUUUACAUGAAUGAUGAUCAAUUAGUCUAAACACACAAUUUAAUAUUACUAUGUUGUAUUGAAAACUGAUGUAAUUUUUGAGCUAUAUAAUGUGAAGUGAUUAACACCUGAAGUAAUGUUGACAAAGUACAACACAGCACAGUGGACUUAUCAUUUGCAUUGACUCGAACAGUCAAGUCUCUUUCUGAGUGAUCUUUUUUCUGUACUAUGUUUAUUUACGGCUGUUUUCCUGCUUGCUUUUUUUCCCUCAUCUUUGACCCUACUAAAGAAAAAAAAACACAUAUCAGCUAUCGUACUAAGUUGGUAUUUUUUUAAAUCUAUUUUCAGCAAGGUCUUAAAAACAAAUGUACAAGUAGCAACAACUGGCUGCUGGAGUGCACUAUUUACAUUUGUCCUCUUAAGGAAAAGACACUGAAGCCAUACAUUGAGCACUGCAAUGAUGGAUUGAUACAUGAUUUAUUUUGUUUGUUUACUUAUUGUACCACUCCAAUUCUACAAGUGAUUGAAAACACAUAAUAUUAUCACUGCAACUUCACCACUGAAUUACAAAGGCCUAUAAUCCUGAUAUUCUUCACAUCAUUACUGGUAUAAAAGAAUGUAUCCCAUGAUAUGUUGGAUUCUGUUUCAAGAAAAAAACAAAGCUUUAGAAACUCAGUGAACUAGCCCAUCAACUGAUCCUCCUUCGUUAAAGAGUUUUGUUUCAUAUGUAGCUGUUAAUGUGGGUCCAUAGUACAAAAAAAAAAAGGCAAAUCACUCUGGAUUUACAUGACUGUAGAUGUGGAAUAUAUGCAAACUGUGUUUGAAGGGCUUCAUGUUGAGCGUACUAUAGCCAAUGUUGAUGACUUUGAUAACCUGGCCAUUAUAUGUUUGGUAAAGACUUUCUGUUGGGAUUUAUCUCAACCCGGCUGUGUUUUUUUUUUUUUUAAAGCUUCUGUUACCCGUUACAAACACACUAAAAUGCAUAAAGAAACACAUGUAUAUAAUAUAUAUAUAUAUAUAUAUAUAAAAUAUAAAUAUAAGUAUAUAUUGUAUAUCCUUUUUUGUAAAAGCUGUUUUGAGCUACAAAUGUAUGGAUGCAAUGCAUCAUGGGUUAUUGAAAAAGUUGUAUGAAAAUACGAUUUGUACCCACAAAGAAAUGACUGCAGGAAAUGAAAUAAAACUUCCUUGUCUAUGCA